ACCAACGAAAAAAAAGAGUAGAAGCUGCGGAGAGAAUGGAAUCCUCAGAGGGGUUGGAGGUGAAAAGCGAAGAGGAUUCUACGCCUAAUAAUAAAUGUAGCAAGUUCUACGAUGUCUAUGGUCCCCAAGGGAAGGCAGAUAUUGUUUUCAAGUCACCUGAAGAUAAUUCAACUCUGAAUCUUAAUGACAUUCAAGGACUUAUAACUUGGGUCCUUGGUGAAGGAUUUAUGCCAUCAUGGGCUUUCAUCAAGAAUAAACCUCUUAUUCCUAAAGUGGUUAUGCUCUAUAUGCCAGGCCUGGAUGCAGCUUUGUUCUUGUCACAGUCUAAAAUGCUUCCCAAUUUUAAAAAAUUGUGCGGAAAACCAAGGCCAGUCCUAGCUCUUAGGUGUGUCUGUGUAUCAGAUGGUAUGCAGACAAUAGAUGCACUCCUAACAUGCAAGGUGAAAAGAAAGAGAGAUCAAAAUAGUUCAGUUAUGAGGAAGUCUACCCUGAUAUCUCGACAAGGCUGUGGUUGUACUGACAGUCUAUCAUUUAUGGAGCUUACAAAAGACAUUCCUUUCCCUGUUACAUACUAUACACUAACAGAGAAAGAACUGGAAGAGAAUGGAUAUUCUGUUAAUAAGCCAGGCUUUGUUUCUACUUUGCCCGCUCCUUUGGGAUCUUCUUUUUAUGAGAUGUUGGCACUUGAUUGUGAGAUGUGCAUAACAAGUGAGGGUUUUGAGCUGACAAGAGUUACUCUAGUGGAUGUCAAAGGACAGGUUUUGAUGGAUAAAUUGGUUAAACCUUCAAAUGCUAUCACUGAUUACAACACAAGAUAUAGUGGAAUAACAUCUGAGAUGUUAGAUGGGGUGACAACAAGUCUGAGAGACAUUCAGGAAGAGUUUCUAGAGCUGGUUUACAAAGAGACUAUCCUUGUUGGGCAUUCUAUGGAAAAUGAUUUAUUAGCAUUGAAGAUAUCUCAUGACUUGGUCAUUGACACAGCAGUAUUAUACAAACACCCCCGAGGAUCAUCUUAUAAAACUGCUCUACGGUUUCUUGCUAAGAGAUUUCUUUCAAGGGAGAUACAGCAAUCUGGGAAUGGACACGACAGCAUUGAAGAUGCUAGAGCUACCAUGGAAUUGGCACUAUUAAAGAUCAGAAAUGGGCCUGACUUUGGUUCCCCUCCAUCCUUUAUGCGGAGAAAGCUCCUUUCCAUUUUGAGCGAAUCUGGCAAAACUUCCUCAUUGAUUGAUGAUAUAUCCAUAGUAAAACGAUAUGCCUCUGAAUCCGCUCAUGCAAUUCCAGUGACCUCUGAUGAUGAAGCACUUGCAAAAACCAACAAGGAGUUGAAGAAUGAAAAGGUGCACUUUAUCUGGACUCAGUUUACAGAGUUACACUCAUACUUCAAGAAUCAAGCUGAAGAAUCAGAGAACUUUAAUAAAAGACUUGCAGAGAUGAUGUCAUUACUUACAUGUCAGAAGAAUUUUGCAAAAGGGAAAGGCUUAAAGUUGAGUGCAUCUGCUGAACUGAAGGAAAUUCUGGCUCGCAUGGAUGCUAGAAUUCAUAAACUGUAUAUGUCAUUACCCGCAAAUGCUAUGUUGAUAAUUUGCACUGGUCAUGGAGACACUGCGAUUGUCCGCAGGCUGAGGAGAAUGCUUGCUGAGCAGAGUGAAAGUAAUUUAUGUCGUGAGAAGAUUGUGGAAAUCUUGGAAGAGGUUCAGGCUAGAGCUGAGGUAGCCUUGUGUUUUGUAGGUGUAAAGAAUUGAGUAUGAAUAAUACAAAAUGACUGAAAUUAUUCUUGAUAACAUGUGGUGAGUACCCACUAUUGGUAAGGUCUCACGACAAGAGUUCAUGUAUUUCAUAACGAUAUCAGAAAAAAGAAAAAAGAAAAAAAGAAGAAAGAAAAUACAAG